AUAAAUUUCAUAUUUUUAACAUUCUCCUGGAAACUUCUGCUACUUAGGGGUGAAAAUGCUUAGCUUACAACCUUCCAGGAAAGUGGCUCAGAAGCAUACGAGAUAGAGUAAAGAAGACUUUUAAGUCUACUCCGCGUGAAGGCAUGUAGCUAAAUAUUUCCUUCACUAUCUUCCAUCUUAUCAUCCUAGAUGAUGUUAUGGCGGAAUUCGAUAUUGGGUCUUCUGCGCGUCCUCUGUUGGACCGUGAAAAUACCAUCUACCUAGAUGUGGACGACGAAGAUAAUGGCAAUACUGUUGAUGGCUUCACUCAAGAGAUCUCAAGUGAUCAUCUUAGCUCCAUUCAAUCCAAUGUUGGUUUACCUCUUUCAUUGGAAACUGAGAAUUCUGUUAACGUUGAUUUUCAAGAAGAUAUGCAAAACGGUGUGAAUGACUUGAAUCAAAGGGAUAUGAUCGUCGAAAGGAUUUUCCUGGUAGCAAAUCUCGUAGUGGAGCUUCCAUCAGCUGUUUUUGAUCAGCUAUCAUCAACGCACAAGCCCGUAUUUGCAUUGCUUAGUAUGGUAAUGUCCUUGAUAGCCAUGCUAUUAUCCAUCAUUGACCUUGCUCAUAAGGGUCGAAGAGAAAGAGUUAAAUGGAUGAUCAGAGGUUAUUUACCUUGGUUUUACUCCCGCAAUCUAAAUUACAAGCCUCUGGGGACAUUUCCAGACAUUGUUGGCUUAGUCUGUGGCAUCUUUCAAUGGGUUUUUGCAACCAUAACUUAUGCCUUUCUGUCUCAUGACUCUAACAACCCUAACAAAUUCUCAGUUUGGCCAAUAAUAUUUGCCUUUGGUGCAUUGUGUUCCAGAUUUCCAAGGAAUCCAAGAACAAGAGUUGUAGUCCAUGAGCGCAUAGAAAUUCAUCCACGCAACACUGAGUCACCUUCCCCGUUCCCGCCCCCAACCCCACCACCAUCACCAUUAAAUGAUCUACGUGACCUCCAGCUUCUGGAACUCGAACAUUUAUCUUUACCAUCUCGUUUAGAAUUUUGUAAUCUUCGUGAAUAUAUCUGUUCUGACAUGGUCACAACAAAAAGGAAGAAAGUGGGGAAAAAUGGAAGAAAGAAUAGAAGGAGAAGAAGAAGAAGUAGAGAAGAGAAAGAUCAAGAUGACUGAAUUAGACCAGAAUAUUCAUAUUAUGUAAUGUAUAUACAGUGAGAUUUACUUAUUUUUUUACAGGUUGCUACAUAAUGUGCCGAAUGUAAAUACAAUAACAUAAUUAAUUUAUAGAAUAAUUCUUAUUUAUAUUUAAUU